GCUUGGCGAGAUUGACCACCAAGAUGGCUGACGUUAUGGAUGAAUAUGAGAAAGAAGCUGGCUGUGUUCCUAUUCUCCAUCCAGAGGAACUCAAGCCCCAGAGUCACUAUAACCAUGGCUAUAGUGAGAAUGUGGGGCGCAAGAGCCACGUGGAUGACUACAGUACCUGGGACAUCGUCAAAGCCACGCAGUAUGGGAUCUUUGAGCGCUGCAGAGAGCUGGUGGAGGCAGGCUAUGAUGUUCAGCAGCCGGACAAAGAGAACGUCACACUCCUGCACUGGGCUGCCAUCAACAAUCGAAUAGACUUGGUCAAGUACUACAUAUCAAAGGGGGCGAUGGUGGACCAGUUGGGAGGUGACCUCAACUCCACACCACUGCAUUGGGCCACAAGACAGGGCCACCUCUCCAUGGUGGUGCAGCUGCUGAAGUAUGGGUCCGACCCCUCGCUCAUCGACGGAGAGGGCUGCAGCUGUGUCCACCUGGCUGCCCAGUUCGGACACACCUCCAUCGUGGCCUACCUCAUCGCCAAGGGACAGGAUGUGGACAUGAUGGAUCAGAAUGGAAUGACUCCCUUGAUGUGGGCAGCUUACAGGACACACAGCGUGGACCCCACCCGGCUACUGCUGACCUUCAACGUGUCGGUCAACCUGGGUGACAAGUACCACAAAAACACGGCUCUGCACUGGGCCGUGCUGGCCGGCAACACUACAGUCAUCACCCUGCUGCUGGACUCCAACUCCAAUGUGGACGCACAGAACAUCAAGGGUGAGACGCCGCUGGACCUGGCCAAGCAGAGGAAAAACGUGUGGAUGGUCAACCAUUUACAGGAGGCUCGGCAGGCCAAGGGUUACGACAGUCCUGGCUACCUGAAGAAGCUGAAGAUGGACAAGGAGUUCAGACAGAAGAUCAUGUUGGGGACCCCCUUCCUGGUGAUCUGGCUGGUGGGCUUCAUCGCUGACCUGGACAUAGACUCCUGGCUCCUCAAGGGCCUCAUGUACUGUGGCGUGUGGGUCACUGUGCAGUUCCUCUCCAAGUCUUUCUUUGACCACUCCAUGCACAGCGCCCUGCCCCUGGGAAUCUACCUGGCAACCAAGUUCUGGAUGUACGUGACCUGGUUCUACUGGUUCUGGAUUGAUAUCCUUUACAAUAAGAGUCUCCUGGUUUCAUUCUCAUUCCAACCAUGA